CAAACCAUUUCUCUGUCGCUCACCCUUCUUCGCUACCAACAAACAUUCACACAUACCUUCCAACAGCAAAAGCAAUAAAGUAUAGCACCAUGCUCUUCAACUCUUCCGUUCGCUCCUCCUUCACCCUCAUCUACGCCAUUGUCCUGGCCUCCCUGGCCUUGUUGGCAACCAUGCCCACUGCUCAGGCUGACUGCCUCCUGAAGUGUGCACCCAUUAAUGCCAAGGCUCUUUUCUGCGGGUACACAAAGAGCGGUGAUGAGACCAUGCCAACCAUUGGUACCGAUCCUGGACGCGACAAAUGCCUCUGCAGCCAGAGCAACAUCGACCUCUAUAACGACUGCUUGCAGUGCAAAGACUCGAACACCGCUGAAUCAAUCACCAACCAGUUCGUCCGUGAGUGCAAGAAGUCGACCUCAGACGUCACUCUUGUCAGCAUUACCUCCUCUGGACACGCUUCUCAUUCCAGUAUAGUGACUUAUGCCGUCGUUGGAAUGGCCUUUCUCGUUGCUACCGCUGCUUUUAGCAGUUAAGGGAGAAAACAUAACACGAAAAUAAACAUAAAACAAAGUGCGUUCAUUUUACAUAAGCAUUUGAG